CAGAUCGCGCCUUCAUCCUACUCUUAUCCACCUGAAGCCCACUCCUCCAUGGCUUCUCUUCUCCGCAGCGCCCUCCCUCCCUCUGUCCGUCCCGACCGCUGCCUCCAUCGAGGAGGUAGGAGUCUAGGAGAUCAGCGAGCUGGUAGGCCGACAGCUCUUGCGGCCGGCCGUCACAGAAGCUACGCCGUACGCGGCGGCGGCUAGCCCCAGCUUAAUAGAUUAGUUCUGCCAUGGCGAGGCUUCCCGGUGUGCGUUGCUGUGACCUUGCCGCGCGCGGCUCCCUCCCUCCUCUCGGCCUUGCCUGCCGCCCUCGCAGGUUGCCCCGCGCCUCGGCUCUACGCUACUCGUCUCUCCAAGCUGGUGACAGCCUCGGGGAGGAUGUCUUGCGCAUGUUCCUUGAGGAUAGGCAGGAGAAUGGGGACUUCGUCUCCAAAGUCGCUGACAUGGUUUUGAGGAGAAAUGACACAGAUCUUGAGGUGUUAGAGGCUACCAUGGAUCAAGGAAAUGCUGCAGAUGUUGGGCAACCUGACGAUUUCAGGGAUGAUGUUAUGAGUGAGGGAGUCGUGGGAUUUGAGGCAACUGGAGAUUUUGUGUCCGCUGAGGACAGCCUUACUAUGAGAAGGAGGCUUUCUGCUCUGGCUGGGCUGAAGGAGAGUGAUAAAAGGAAGGAAUUCAACCUUCUGAGAUACGAAGCAGUAAUUUUCACUACCAGUGUUUCAUCUUCUGAUGCAUUUAGUAGGAAAAAAAAAUCAUAUCCAGCUGCUCAUGUUAGUCGUUUCCUGCAGAUUAAGGACGAACUGUUGCUUUUGACCGUAGGAAUUGGAGCCGCUUGCACUAUAUAUUGUGUCCUAGUCUUCUCUCUCGAGGCUGGUAUCAGUUAUGCUUUUGGAGUUGCUUUCAGCUGGUUGUAUCUUCAACUUCUGUAUCGACACGCAGAUAACCUAUCGAAGGAAGAUGUUCCUGAAGUUUUUCUAAAGAAGAAAGUGAAGAAAAUCGGCAUUCGAAGCGAGGAUUUGAAGGAUACAUUAGAGAAGACAUUGGGUGGCUCUCUAUUUGUUCUUUCAUCCCCAAGGCUAAUAAUUCCUGCAGUGAUUUUUGGGCUGUCAACCUUUUCUAGUCAUUUUCAAAAUAACAUUUUUAAUUUUGAGCUUGUUCCAGGUAUGAUGGGGUUCUUUGCGUACAAGGCCGCAACUUUGGUACAAGUCUACAGAGAUAAUGAUGAUCUUAGAUUGAUACUCCCUGACGACGAUCCUGACUACAGCUGAAAAGUUUGAGCUGCAGAAAGCAAUGCACCAGCUGGGAAAAAAAAGCGCAGGAUAGGAGUACAAUGCGGUGUGCAGCAACCAGCAAUUGCCAUGCACCACAGCAAGUCGGAGAUCGCAGAGGAGUAUUCUUACUAGUACUACUAGCUAAAUGUUUUUCCGAGUAGUCAGUUACAAAUUUUGCAACCUUAGUGCCGGGCAGUUCAACACUAGUACUGUUAACAUGAUGA